GUAUUUAUAGACGUGAACACCAUGCAGACGGCACGUCAAUGAGUCGUCAAGAAGUUACGUAGCACGCAAAAGCACCAUGUCCGCCACUCUAGGGACAGGCUCCGGCCUCGAAGCCGCACGUCCAGCGGCGCCGAGCCAUGACGCCAUCGCCGACGAAGAGAAGAUGCUGCUGCAGGAGCAUCGCUCAUCGCUGCCCGACUUCUUUUACCUGCUCUCCUUUGCUCCUCCGCUUGCUUCGCCCUUCCGACAACCUCGUGCAUUCUUACAGCACCCCAUUGUACUAUAUGUGAUCGGCUUCGCCGCUGCCAUCUUUUCGGGAUUUGCCAGCUUCCCCAUCCUCGAUAUUCUCUACGGCCUUUACUGGUCCAAUGGUAUCGCUUACACCGCCACGCCGUCGAUCAUUCGCGAGAAGAGCAACUUCUCGGCCAUCAUUGCCAUCGUCACGGCUGCUGUUCUUCUCUUUACAAGCUGGGUUUUCCAGGUCUGCUUUUCGCUCGCUUCGCAGGACCUCUCUUCACGGCUGCGGAGGGCCUACGUCUCAGCUGUCCUCUCCAAGGAUGCCUCCUUCUUUGACAAGCACGGCGCUGGCGAGGUGGCGACAUAUGCCGGAAAGGAGAUUGCCUCAAUCCGCGCCGGUUUUGGCGAGAAGCUUGGCUUCGCUGUCUGGACAUCGACCAUUGUCGUUUGCUCCCUCAUCAUUGGCUUCUCAGUCGCAGCUCGCAUCACCGGCUUUCUCUUCUCCAUUGUCCCCAUCCUCGUGGCCCUCUUUGCACUCCUUGGCUGGCUCACGGAGAAGGUGGGCGCCCCGUCGCUCCGCAUCGAAGGCAAGAUGUCCAACUUCGUGGAGGAGAUCAUGGGCUCCAUGCGCGUCGUCCAGGCUUUUGGCAUGAACCGUGCUCUGCUGGACAGGUUUGACAGUGACAUGCUCAAGCCCCUGGUCAAGUUCGGCAUGCGCAAGGCCCUCAUCCGUGGCUCCGAGGCCGGUGUCGUCUACCUCGCCCUUUUUGCAACCUACAGCGCUGCUUUCUGGUUUAUCGCCCUCAAUAUUGUCCAGGGCCAUGUCGAGCUGGGUGACGGCUUGACAGCCUUUUGGAAUCUCGUCAACUCCCUCUUUGCUUUUUCGUCGGCCGUGCCCCAGAUUUCGAGCCUUUUUGAGGCCCUUGGCGCCAUUCGGCACCUGCGCAAAGUCAUCGAGACGCCACCCAAGAUCGACGUUCGGGACCAGUCGGGGGAGAAGCCCGACGAGAAAGAUGCUGAGCCAAGUUUUGAGCUGCAGCAUGUCACGUUCGCCUACCCCGCGAGGCCCAACAUUGCCAGCCUGGAUGAUGUCAGCGUCCUACUGGAACCUGGCAAGGUCACGGCUUUGGUGGGACCCUCUGGUUCGGGCAAGAGCACCAUUACUUCGCUCCUCUUACGCGAGUACGAUCCAGAGACGGCCAAUGUCCCGCUCCCAGGCGAGGAGGCUGAGGAGCGCGAAGAUGACGAGGCCAACAAGAAGUCGGAUGGCUCGAAAAAAGGGAAAGGAGCCAAAGACGAGCUGAACGACGAUGUCGAGAAAGCCACGUCCAAGGAAAAGCAACGGGUUCAGGGCCAGGGAAGAGUGCUCUACGCCGGUCGAGACGUGCGCAACCUCAACCUACGCUGGCUCCGUUCGCAGGUGGCCAUCGUGCGACAAAACCCCCAGAUUUUCACGGCCACCGUCUUCGAAAACGUCGCGACGGGUCUGUCAGGGACCAAGUGGGCGUACAAGCCCGAAGUUGAUGGCUCAUCGGACGCAGAUGAGGCGACAAAGAAGCGGACUGAAGUGAUUCGGCAAAAGGCAAAGGAUGCCCUUGUAAAGGCUCAGGCGUGGGACUUCGUCUCAAGGCUGCCAGAGGGCAUGGAUACAAAGGUCAGCGGCGGCAAAACGGGCCUGCUCUCAGGAGGCCAGAGACAGCGCCUCUGCCUCGCCCGUGCCCUGAUCAGGUCGCCUAGGAUCCUCGUGAUUGACGAGGGAACGUCAGCCAUCGAUUCGAGCACAGAAGAACGCAUUCGGCUCAUGCUUGAGGAGGAGCACAGGCAGAGAGGCAUGACGACGUGUCUCAUCGCUCACCGUCUGAGCACCAUCGAACACGCUGACAAGAUCAUCGUCAUGAAGUCCGGUGCGGUCGUAGACCAAGGCACACACACUGAGCUCAUGGAUGCCACGCGCACCGAUCACACGUACAGGGACAUGGUGGUGCAGCAGCGAGCCAUCGUCGAGGUCGACGAAGCAGAAAGGACCUGUGACCGCCAGGCGCAUGAAGAGCUCCUCUCAGACGGCGGGACUACCAGGGUCGCCGAGAGCACUUUGGGCGCACCUGGCCCAGCUUCUGGGGGCCGUCGUCGCGGGGGAGAGCAACAAUCACCGACCCAGUUUCUUCAGCGAAAGACAAGCAGAGCCUCGGAGCACUCUGCCUGGCAAGUACCGCUGCGGUCCAUCUCGUCCGUCAAUCACUCCGCGGCCGGUGCUGCUGGCGCUGGCGGAGUCUCGGCAACCGCGGCGGGAGAGGAGGAAGCGCCGGUCGAUGAGAAACGCUCGUCUGAAAUAGGCAUUGGUGCUGCAAAGGUCGAGGAGGACGAAGGCAAGAAGAUGACGUCUCUCGCUGUGUGGCCUCAGUUCGUGCGGACACUUGCUCCUGAAAAGUGGGAGUUCUUCGCCGGCAUCGUUGGUGCACUUCUGGCAGGCGGCAUCUUUCCUCUCAUCGGAUGGAUCACGGGAAAAGCUGUCGACAGCCUCAACGAGCCAGAACCGUCGAAGCUGCGAAGUGGAACGAAUCUCUGGUCGCUCGUCUUCCUCAUCAUUGCAUUUGCCGACUUCUUCCUGACAACUACUCAGUCCUUCUUCCUCGAGGCGGGCUCUGAAAAGAUGAGCCGACGCCUCAAACGAAGAGCUCUGGAGUCUCUCAUGCGCCAGGAGAUCGGCUUCUUUGAUAAGCCUGAUCAAGCUUCGGGCGCGUUGGCCGCUGCCGUCGUCACGCACCCAUCCAACAUGGCUUCGGCCACCGGUUUGGUACUCUCGCAGGUGCUCAUCUCCUUUGCCAACCUUCUGGGCUCGGUCAUUCUGGCCUUUGUCUUGGACUGGAGAAUGGCAUUCGCCUGUCUAUCGCCCGUCGUGGUCCUCCUCUUCACUGGCUGGCUCAACGUGGCCAUGCUGCAAAAGUACGAGACGUCUCUUCAAGAACCCUCGAAUCGUGCCUCGUCCUACCUGGGCGAGAACAUCGAUGGCAUCAAGGAGCUUACUGCGCUCGGGCGCGAAGCUGACACGCUGCGUGCGUUCGAGACCAUCUCCAAGCCUCGCUCCGUGCGUUCGCAGUGGCGAGCUCUUGUCAUGGGAGCCGGCGGCUUCAGCAUCAGCCAGGCCAGCGUCCUUGCGGUGGCUGCCCUGGUCUUCUUCUACGGUGGCAAGCUAUAUGCGCAGGAUGAGCUCAGCCGGACGAAUCUCUACGCCGUCUUCGAGGCGGUCAUCAUUGCCGUCUUUGGUUCUGCGCGUCUGCUCACUUUCACCGGCGACUUUGGUAGGGCUGCCGCCUCGUUUGCGACUCUAUCGAGCUGGUUCGAGCGGAAGCCGCGCAUCGCUGCUGCGCCACCCUCGGCUCUCAAUGGCGCUCGUGAUGCUGGGCACAAGGGAGAUGAUGACGACGCGGCUUGCUCUUCUCCUUCUCCAUCGGGCUGGAGUGAACAAGACAUUCACUUUGAGAACGUCGAGCUGCGGUAUCCUCAGCGGAUGUCUUACCCAGCUAUUAGGGAUCUCAAUCUGACUCUAUAUGCCGGCAAGACGCAGGCCUUUUGCGGCACGAGCGGAAGCGGCAAGAGCACAAUCCUACAGAUGGUGCAGCGCUUCUACGAUCCGGCACGCGGCACGAUCCGAAUGGGAGGAGAGAAGCAAGGCGAGGGGUCAGACAUUCGCAGCAUUCCCUUGGAUGAGCUGCGAUCUCAAAUGAGCUACGUGUCGCAGGAUGCAUGCCUUUAUGAAGGCUCGAUCCGCUUCAAUCUGCUGCUGGGCGCCGUUGAAGGAAGCGAGUCCGAGGUGACUCAAGAGCAUCUCGAGGCAUGCUGUGAGGACGCAUGCAUCGCCGACUUCAUCAGAGGACUUCCUGACGGCUACGAAACGACAAUCGGGGCAAAGGGUCACCAGCUUUCGGGAGGACAGCGUCAAAGGAUCUGCAUUGCUCGCGCCCUCGUACGCAAGCCAAAGAUCUUGUUGCUCGACGAGGCCACUUCUGCCCUUGAUGCCCAGGCAGAGGUCAGCGUGCAAAAGGCGCUCGACAAUGCAGCCAAGGGAAGAACUACGCUCACGGUGGCCCAUCGCCUCUCGACCAUCCGCAACAGCUACAUCAUCCACGUCGUCGAGGACGGCGCAAUCGUCGAGAGUGGCUCUCACGCUGAGCUCAUCGCCAGGGGAGGAAGGUAUCUCGAGCUCAUUGGCGCUCAGAUCUGAUACAUACCACAGGCCCUUCUUUCCCAUUACAUCAGAUCGAUACCCUCUUACAGAUUCUUUUCUUCUCUGUCCUGCUCCAUUACACCGCUUUUUGCUCCCCCAGAUUGCCACAUCUUUACUGUAAAAUGUGAUAUUACACUGUCAAGGUGAUCCGUUGUUUAAUAUGAGGCGAUGCAUAUCCCCGAUAAGGU